AUGACUACGGUCUCUAGUGACAUGCAAGGCGCAGAUCCUGUGCCCGUAGUCCCUCUCCCUGUUGACACCAAUCGCAUGCACUUUGCUUCGAUAUCGUCCUCGUCAUCUUCUAUUUCCGACGGCGAACCUGAGCGCGGUCGCUCAAGAUUGGAUCGUCCCCGCAUGGCCAGCCGUAAACCUAGUGCGUCUAUUCUCGUGCCACGAGAUCACCCUGAGAUUGAGAUUGAGGAGGAGGAGUUUCCUCCAGACGAUGCUCGAGCCAUGAGUCCUCGUCGUGAUUCCGCUGAUGUUGAGCGCUUGGGCAAGGAAGCUCGCCAAACCUUGCAAGAACAAGCCAAAACUCUACAAUCAUCAUUACAAGCCUUAGCGCAACGCAUUGAAGAAGUCAAAAGUGACCAUGACAAACUCGAAAGCGAGAACCGAUAUUUACAAGACUACAUUGGAAGCUUGACGCAAACCAUAUCCAAGUCCGAGAUCACUUCUACGACCGCGGGAAAGACGAAGAAGAAUCGCAAGUAG